AUGGCACUUUGUGGUGUGUGUUCGACUCCAAGUCUCCGGAAUCUGGAAGUGUUGCAAUCAGCUAAGAACUCGAACACUGGUUUAAAACGGAACAGGAGGCUAUGGCAGCUCAAAACUACAAAACCUGCAACAUUUCGUUGCUCGUCGUCCUUAAAAUCUCCAUCGUCUAAUGUGGAGAUGGAGGAGGAGGAUGUUCAGAGUAAUCAUCCAUCAGUGUCAAUGGAGGAUGAGUCAGCACACGUGAAGCAGUUCAAGUGGAAUGAUUUCAAGAUCCUUGAUCGUGUUAGCAUCGGUCAUGGCGGUCGAUGCCAUGGAAGUUUCUCGAUUAGGCACUGGCUUCAACAAUCUGAUUGGCUUCCAACAUUAGAAGCUACUCUCGCACUAGAUGAAGAAUCCUUUAGAAGGGUUGGGGAUGAUACAACUGGAGGGCCUGCGGUUUCAAGGCAGUUGAGACUCAUCCGUAUACUAAUGAGGGAUAUUUUAAUCGGAGUCAAUUACUUGCACAGCCAUGGUCUUGCUCACACUGAACUGAGAUUGGAGAAUGUACAUAUUAGCCCUGUGGAUAGACAUAUCAAAGUAGGGAUUCUCGGAAAUGCUGCAGACUUUUACGAAUAUGGUACAAGUAAUAGCAGCGCUUACAGUACCAUGGACAGACGACAAAUGAUGAUAGCAUUUGACAUGAGAUGUGUUGGAUUCAUGAUGGCAAAAAUGGUACUUCAAGAACUGAUGGAUCCAAUAAUCUUUGCGAAACUGAAGUCUUUCCUCGCAAAGGGGAAUGAUCCUUCCUCUCUACGUGAGUUCUUCGUGACGACGCUCAAUACAAACUCUGAAUCUGGAAAUACAGGAGUGCAAAUACUUGAUAGAAACUGGGGAGCAGGUUGGCAUCUUUUAUCUUCACUGAUUGCUACCAGACCUUCCAAAAGAAUAAGUUGCUUGGAUGCUCUUAAACAUCCGUUUCUAUGUGGACCAAGAUGGCGUGUUGCUCCAUCAAUGGAUAUCAUCAGAUGGGGCCUUGGAUCAACCGCAGUAAGGAUCUCAGAAGAAUACAUUUACCGCAUGCCUCAGCGACAAAGACUUGCCCAUUUCAUUGAACUAAUGGAGAUGCUAAACCCAUUGUUGGUUGGAGCUUUUACCUGGGAAAUGGCGUCUGUUAUACUCAACGGGAAAGCACAUAGGACUAACUCUGCGUCAGCCCUCUACGUGCUACAUGAACUAAAUCUUUCUGGUUUUGGUUGCAGUUGCUUGGAUGCUCUUAAACAUCCGUUUCUAUGUGGACCAAGAUGGCGUGUUGCUCCAUCAAUGGAUAUCAUCAGAUGGGGCCUUGGAUCAACCGCAGUAAGGAUCUCAGAAGAAUACAUUUACCGCAUGCCUCAGCGACAAAGACUUGCCCAUUUCAUUGAACUAAUGGAGAUGCUAAACCCAUGUCCAAAGCCAAAUUGUUGGUUGGAGCUUUUACCUGGGAAAUGGCGUCUGUUAUACUCAACGGGAAAGCACAUAGGACUAACUCUGCGUCAGCCCUCUACGCGUGCCUUAAUAGGCAACGUUCACUUAACAGUAACACGAGCUCCAGAAGCCAACAACGCUUCACUAUCCUUUACCUCUGAUAUAGGCUUCACCGCCAUAACCAGCAAAGACUGGCCACACAACAAAACCGGAGCCACGGGGAAACUACAAACGCUCUCUCAGUUCAGACUAGUAGCCGGAAAAAGACUCUACCUCAAAGAAGAGAAGAAGAACAUUGGCAAGUUCUCAAUGGGGGAGCCAGACGCUGAAGAAGGUCUAGUGGAGAAACUAGAAACCAAGAGAUGGAAAAAAGUCGUGCCUUUCAAGGAGUUUCCGUCGAGUCUUCCUGUAGCGAAGCUCGUCUCUGGAGAGAUCGAAGUGACGAUGAGCAUGAAUGAUCGUGUGGAAUCGCCUGGGAAUGUGAUUGGAGAAGUUAGGAAGCAGAUUCCGCAGGAGAUGUUCGAUUUGUCUAAGCUUGUGUGUGGUACGUAUAUAGAUAGUAGGUUGCUUGUACUUAGGUGUGUGAAUGGUUCGGCAUUGUUGUUCACAAGGUCAAGUUUUGACCAUAAGUCUAUGUAG